CCACCACGACACACAGAAACGGCGUAUAAACACACAGUAGAUUCUCGAACUUCAUUUCAGGAAUGGGUUUUAAUUUCUUGAGAAAAGAACAAAUUUGAGUGAUUACAGCUGCCGAAAGACCAUGGAGGAGGGAGGUAGAGAACCCACUGCCGAAACGGACGUGCGAUGGCGACCGGUUUCCCUUACUUUUGUUGAGUAUCCCGACGGUGACAUCAUCGGCAAGGCCUUAGCUUACAUCAGCCUAUCACCUGUCAUCAUUCUAGUUAGUUUUGCAACAUUAAUUCUCUUCAGAAGGGAAUUGCAUACGGUAACAUUCUUGUGCGGAAUCUUAUUUAAUGAGAUGGUCAACUGGAUUACUAAACAUAUCAUCAAGGAACCAAGACCAGCCAGAGGUAAUCAGGAGUUACUCUUCUCAGAGUAUGGCAUGCCAUCGAGUCAUUCCCAGUUCAUGUGGUUCUUUGCAGUCUACACUGUCCUCUUUAUUUACAUUAGGCUAGGACUACAGCAGCAUAGCUCCAGUAGUCUACUAGAGUUAGCGUGGAAACAUUGCCUAGCCAUUGGAGCAACAAUGUUAGCACUGAUUGUUAGUUUUAGCAGAGUGUAUCUUGCCUACCACACUGUAAGACAGGUUGUAUGCGGAGCAUUACUUGGGACCAUAUUGGCAGUGCCUUGGUUUGCUUUUAAUGAGAUUUUCCUGACCCCUCUUUACCCACAAGUCGUCUCCUGGAGAAUAUCUGAGAUGUUGAUGCUGCGUGACUCCACUCUCAUUCCUAAUGUGCUCUGGUUUGAGUAUACCAAUGCCAGAACAGAAGCAAGAACAAGACAACGGAAGCAGGGCUGCGGCAACAAAAUAUCAUGACUAAGAGAGGCCUUUCAGGAUGAGUGGCGUGACAGAUGUCAGUAUUCCUGAUCAAAGCAGUGACGAGAACAUCCCCGUCUACUGACGAGAACCACCCCCCCCCCUCUACUGUCUCCCUCUACUGCCUUCAUCAAGUCACAGAAACUACUCAUGACUCAUUGUCACCAAUUUCACGGAGAGACACAUAUCGUCACGUCAGUACCAAAAAGUUGUAUCUCAUUUUUGCAAAAAAUGGCACGCGGAAAUUCUCCCUGCAAAACAUUGUGUCUCGGCGCAUUCUUGUUUUGUGUGUACACCCUCGGCUCGAUUUCACCAAGCAAUAAAAUUCAUCGCAAGACAAAUAGUCAGUAUUACCAUAGUGAUUUGCAUUGUGACAUCACACUACAAUUGAUUUGCAGUUAAGAUCAAUUGUGAAAUUGGCCAUGGCUAUUUUAAGUUAGGUACAAUGUUUUUGACAAUUUCAAUUUGCAUGAAACAUACAGUAAGUGCUAUUGUAGGAGAUGCGCUGUUUUGGCACUGACGUGAUGAUGUUCUAAAAAAUAACAAGUUAUUGAGUAUGACAGGAAGGAGUGUAUAUAUGUAGCUCACUAAUUUUCUUUUUUAUUAAGAGCCACACAUCCCCAAAGAUGCAUGUAAUACAUUGCGAUAGAAGAGAGUAAACGUACAUGUAGGUCAAACAUUCAGGUUUCACGAUGACCCAAAUAAUGUCAGUGUGUACGUGAUCACACGGCAUGCACAUCCCUUUUCUGUGUGUAAAACACGUUGUUCACAUGUCGGACAACUUGGUGAAUAUCUCACAUACAAACACAUCCUACCCAGGGUUAUGGUGUUUGUGUUGGUUUCGGAAUAAAAUAAAACACAAUAAAAUUAUCUUUGACUAAUUACUAUGGUAGUGAGCCAAUAAUGUACAAGAAAUUAGUUAGUCGAUGGAAAGGUUAGCAGAAACUUUUUAAGCAAUUAUUUUCUGCAUAAGCAGCUCUAUGAAAAUGGGCCCCGGUUUAGCACAAGCAAACUGCAAAAGCUGUUUUAGCAUCAAAAAUAGUUUAUCUGUCGAUGAACAUAUACCAUGAUAUACCACAAUCUACAGUACAUGACUGGCUUCUCAGUUAAACCCGCUUAGCAUGAAAAACCGUGCUUACAAGUUGAAAUGCAGUGAUUUGUAUGUUGAUGUGCAAUGGCACUCUGCAAAAUGAUUGACAUGCAAUUUAAUUUCUGAAGGAAACUGUCAUGUUAAGUGCAUUUAAGCCUAUUCCUUGGAAUUUCUGUUAUGGAAUCUAAGAUGAUCAAUUUGGAAGUGAUGUUUGUCUGCUAAGCAGUUUGUUAAUGUGGGGGUCUCUUAAAGAAAGUAAGCAGUCAUUUUAAGAUUUGAGUUAAAUUCUCUGUCAUCUGAGUUACAUUGCCAUAAGUGACUUGAGUGUAUAAAUCAAUGGGGCCUAUAAACGAGAGGUAUAACAUGUAUGCGUAUAGCGGAAAACUGCCAGGGCCCAACUUUAUAAAGCGUGUAUCAAGCACAAAAAUUUGCUAAGCACAAAAAAACUCUUGCUUAGCAAAAAUAGCGUACCAACCAAAGUACUGUACAUUACCAGUGCUGUGACCGGUAACCCACUCAUUUCCUUGGCUUAGCAAAAUUUUCUGCUAAACAUCUUUAUGAAACGCGGCCCCAGAUAAAAAACAUGAGUCUUUCUUUUCAUGUCGCUGCAAAAUGGAAUGCUUUUUGAAUCAGGCUGAUUUAAACUAAAUAUUGAUUGAUUUAUUGAUUGAUUGACCAGUUGAUUAAGUUUCAAUCAACCUAUUUUUUAAUGAGCAAAAGAUAUUAUUAAUGGUUUGACCACGCACUGUUUUUGUUUUUGAUUUAAAUACAGGGUAGGGUAACCCUAACAUAAUGUGAUAACGGGUCUUGCAAAUUUAGGGCCAUGUCACGCGAGACAAUGUUCAGGCAAGAAGAAUUAUUGCUACACUUUCAUUUAGUUAUUACCAAUAAUCAACCAAAUUAUCAAGUAGGCUUUAAAGACACUGGACAUCUUUGGUAAUUGUCAAAGACCAGUCUUCUCACUUGGUGUAUCUCAACAUAUGCA